CUAAAGCCUAAGUCUUAUGCAUCCAACAAUCUUCAACUUCUUCUCUAAUCAAAAGUUAAAACACCUAAGAAAUUGAAAGAAAACAAAAUGACGAAGAUUUUCUCUCUAUUGGUCGCAAUGAUCUUCUCCACAAUGUUCUUCAUGAAGAUCAGCUCAGUUUCUGCUGGUUGGUUGCAAGCUCAUGCGACCUUUUAUGGCGGAAGUGAUGCCUCUGGUACAAUGGGUGGAGCUUGUGGUUAUGGAAACCUAUACACAGACGGCUACAAGACAAACACCGCGGCGUUAAGCACGGCCCUGUUCAACGACGGCAAGUCAUGCGGUGGAUGUUACCAAAUCUUGUGUGAUGCAACCAAAGUACCACAAUGGUGUCUUAAAGGCAAAUCAAUCACUAUCACAGCUACAAACUUCUGUCCACCGAACUUUGCUCAGGCAAGCGACAAUGGAGGUUGGUGCAACCCACCGAGACCUCAUUUCGACAUGGCUCAGCCUGCGUUUCUCACCAUCGCUAAGUACAAAGCUGGAAUCGUCCCCAUUCUUUACAAAAAAGUUGGAUGUAGAAGAAGCGGAGGGAUGAGAUUUACAAUAAACGGUAGAAACUAUUUCGAGCUUGUUCUCAUCUCAAACGUAGCAGGAGGGGGUGAGAUCUCUAAAGUUUGGAUCAAAGGAUCUAAGAGCAACAAAUGGGAGACAAUGUCAAGAAAUUGGGGAGCUAAUUAUCAGAGUAAUACUUACCUUAAUGGUCAAUCUCUAUCUUUCAAAGUUCAACUUAGUGAUGGAAGUAUCAAAGCAGCUCUCAACGUUGUUCCUUCGAAUUGGCGGUUUGGUCAGAGCUUCAAGAGCAACGUUAACUUCUAAUAUCAAUAACGGGUUUAGUCCACUUUUGUAUCUUUGUAUUUACUUGCAUUGGGUGUUUUUUUGCUUCCUCUGUUGCAUCAUCAUCGUCUGCGAUAAGCUGCUUGUUUUAUAGCCUUAUUAUAGUCUUGCUUCCAGAGAGUUUAUAAUCUGGAGAAGACUCAAGCAGUGAUGAUUGUAUUUGUACAUUUAAGGAAGAUGUUUACUAUUAUAUAUAAAGGAUGUCUCAAACAACUUACUUUUAA